GCCGAUACGCGCACGGCCGGCGCCCCUCGCCGCCGUCCGCCGCGACGCAACUGACCAGACCUCGGCGGCAGGGAGCGCCUACUGACACCACAGUCUUUGUGCCGAGCGCGAGAGGCUGACGAGAGUGGAGUGGGCUGAGACGACAGACCAUCUCUUUCAUUUUUAUCAAGACAUUAUAAUGUGACGGGACAUAACGGACCAGAGAAGACGAAGACCAAAGGCCUGGAGACUAGGAUUCCAGGGAAAAGAGCGGACCUGAGAGUGCAGCGCCAUGUUCGACCAAGAUGUGAGGACGAGGCUGUUACUGUUGGUUCUUCUAGCCGUUCUGCCACUUUCGGCACAGAAGCUGGGUGAACUGCCGGGAAACAGUGCCGGGUCCAUCGACAACUGCAGCAGCGUCAUCCAGGUGCUAGAGAAGGAGCGGCGCAUCGUGAUCCGCGACAAAAACAUCACAACACUCAGCAACGACACAUUCAGCUGUGUCGGAAAUCGUUCGGACGCGUGGAAGCUGGACGUCAUCAACACUCGAGUCGCUCGGUGGCGGAGCUGCCAGCAUGUGCAGUGGAGUGGCGUCACGGUCACCAACAGCACCAUCGGCCAGCUGGACGGGGGCGGCAUCAGCGUGGAGCGCCGCCGGGAGUCGGAGAGCUGCCGGCGCGGCGCGGAGGAGACGGCCGUGCGGCUCACCGACACCACCAUCGACUCGCUGCUGCCGGACGGCAUUGUCAUGGAGGUGGCGCACGGCUCGCUCACCGUGGAGCGCUGCGCCAUCGGAGCGCUGGCUCCGGCCGGCAUCCGACUGGCAUUCCGCGUGCGGCUCGCCAUCAGCGAGACCCACAUCGACAGACUGUCGGCCGGCGCCUUCUGCAGCGUGUGCUCGGACAUUGUGCACAUAAGCGGCAGCCAUCUGCAGCCGAUCGGACCACCACCGGAGGCGGCGCUCCGUCUCGGCUCGCCCGCGUGUCGCGUCCAGUGUCCGCAGCAGCGACUGCACGUACGCAAAUUCACUGACAACCGCCUACCGGGCGAGGCGGUGGAGGCGUUACAAGAGCCGCUGCGUCGCUGCCGACAGGGUCUGCCGCUGGUGGCCGGCUGCGGCGGGGAGGGCAGCGACGGGGGCGUCUGCGGCGACCUGCGGCUGGCGGUCGGCCGCUCCAGCUGCCUGGUGCGCUCCGCCCGGCUGCUGCAGCUCGUCGAGCUGGCUCCGUGGUGGACCGACCCGGCCGUCUUGGUGGCCGCGGCGGUGGCACUCACUGCCGGCUUCCUGGUGGGCCUGCUCACCCUCCACCUCUGCCAGUGUCGCCGCCGGCGCCCGCACAGCCGGGUCAGCUCAAAACGGACCGUAAAGCAGAAGAGUGUUGUGGAGGUGGCGCCGGAUGCUCCGUCAGAGUUGGAGGUGGAGCCGACGACCGCGCAGCACACGUUCCACCAGUACCGAGAACGCGUCAGCCUGCUGUGGCGCGGCGGUGCCGGGCUCUGGAGCACCGUGGCACGCGAGGGCAGUAUCUACGCGCGCCCGGCGCCGCCGGUGGAUCCUCCCGCUCCCUCCGUCUCCAGCACCGGUAGAGCCCAUCGACGUGCACAGAAGCCCUUCUCUAACCUGUACGAGAACUUGCAUGGCUCGUGGAAGGGGCGGCGACGCCCCGGCGCAUCCGGCCCACCGGCGCAGUUCGGCACGACCUAGGGACGGCGGCGAACACGGCACGCGCUAACGGGAACAAUCAGCUACAAAGGACCACCUCCAAGCUAUCGUGGCUCCGGGAAGAAUCAGCUACACAAGACCACCUCCAAACAAUCGAGGCUCCAUAACUGGCUUUUUGUUGUGGCGAGCCGACAGCUGCCGCCGAUUUUCUGGCCCACGACAAUCCGUGGCAUAAACGCAGAUUGGAAAAACACAGGCUGUUUCUGUUUUAAACUAGGCUCGUGUUCGUUGAUGUCCUUUUUCAUGCUUUGUGAGGUUAUGUACAAUUUCAUCUUUGCACUAUUACCCGCACCGUUUCAUUCAUCGGGUAUCGCCUAUGCUGUCAUAGUUCAUCAGUUUGUAAGCGGUAUGACUACACCGUCAUUCACAUGCAUUAAUAGCUGAGAAUGGAUUGUGGGCUCGUUGGUUUAAGCAGUCUUUCGCAUAAGCGUUACAUUCGCAGAAUAUAAUAUACAAGUUACACAUCCUGAA